UCCCCGGAUCUCGCACCUCCGCCCGCAGCCCUGCGCCUUCCUGGGGGCCGGAGCCAGCGCCGCCCCCCGGGGCCUUCUUCCUCCCGGCAGCGGGCACAGAGCAGCCAUGGGCCCCGCCGCGCUGCGUGCAACCGUCCUGCUGCUGCUGGGCCUGCGGGUGUCGGCCACAGCCCCCCCGGAGACCGCCGAGCCCCGCCUGUCGCAGGCGGAGCUGACCCAGAUGUUCGAGGACUUCGUGAUUCGCUUCAACAAGACCUACGGCAGCCCCGAAGAGCGGCGCCGGCGCCUCGGGAUCUUCGCCCGGGCCAUGGAGGACGCGCGGCGGCUGCAGGAGGCGGCGGGAGACGCCGCCCGCUUCGGGCCCACCCGCUUCAGCGACCGCACGGAGGAAGAGUUCAGGGGGGCGCCUUGGACCCCUCUGGACAGCAGACCCCCCAGGCCCCCCCUGCAGGUCCCCCCUCGGAAGUCAGUGCCUCCCAGCUGUGAUUGGAGGAAGGCCAGAGCCGUGACACCCCCAGGUGACCAGGGGGACAGGUGCCGUGCCUGCUGGGCCUUUGCUUCUGUUGCUAAUGUGGAGUCACUUUGGUUUAUCCACUUCAAGAAGCUCUACAAGCUCUCCGUCCAAGAAGUGCUGGACUGCAGCGGCCUCAAGGAUGCCUGUGCCGGGGGCUACCCCUGGGACGCCUUUGGCACCAUUUAUACAGUUGGUGUGACCACCGCGGCGCAUUACCCAUAUCAGGCCCGGCAGGGUCAGUGCCGGUGGAACCAGAACUACGUCCUGCGCAUCCACGGCUUCCAGACGCUGCCAUCCAACGAGACAGAGCUGGCUGCCCUUGUCGCCAAGCGGGGCCCCAUCACUGUGAUCAUGAAUGCCAGGCUCCUGCAGAACUACCGAAGUGGCAUCAUCACCCGCCACCUGUCACAUAACUGCAACCCUGACCUCCUGGAUCAUGUGGUGCUGAUUGUGGGCUAUGGCCAGGAAAAUAAGAUCCCAUACUGGAUUGUCAAGAACUCAUAUGGGCUGGACUGGGGGGAAAAGGGCUAUUUCCGGAUCUACCGCGGGGGCAACGCGUGCGGCAUCGCCGAGGUGCCCCUCACGUCCACCGUGGGGCAGGAUGGGGCUGGGGGCAGGGCCCACCGAGCUCGAUGCCCAGCCUGACCCUGACCAUAAUAAACCAGUAGGGCAGAGAACAGUGUGAUAGAGUAUGAUGGGACCAUGGAGCUGGUG